AUGGCCGAAUUCGCCCCUGAUCUAACUACCAUGAUCGAUCGCCAGCUUACAUUUUACAAGGUCGACGAAAGGUGCCUAGGUUACAAUGGUGGAUGCGUCUCGGUAUUCGUGACGGCAUUAGGCAACGACCUAUGCGGAAUCUGCAGGAAACGCGAUCUUCACGAGCUGAAGGACUUAUUUUCGACGACCGAGGCAGGGAAAGAGGCCUUGAAAGGGGUUGUGAACUACCGAAGGCAACGACACCGCGAAGCCCUCGGUCAAGGACUAGUCGUCUGCGCCUUGGAGAACCUUAGAUGGGAGGGAAAACUUAGAGGUUUCGUGCCAAUUAGUCCUUGUCCCUGCGUCUUCGUCGACACGCCUGGUGGUGACGAUGGAAUGUUCUGCUGGAAUUGCGCAGUUCACGAGAAUAUCUCUGGACGCUCCCUCUGGUUUGUCCUUCCAGCGGAUGAGGGGCAUACAGACGCUCGAUUCAACUUCCCGUGCAUCUGGGUUGAUGAGAGCUUCCAGAAUCACCCGUUCCGGUUGCAAUUCGCCCAAUCGAUGGGCCCAUGCAAUUGGGACGAGACGAAGUAUGCAGCGUCCAUGUGCAGAACUUGUCGUUUAAAAGUGAAUAACAUGGUCGACUACUCUAGUAUCAUGGCCUACUUCUGGGAUGAUGGAAGGCUAAAGGAAGUAUAUCGAGGGGAGGCAUCUAUUCCUACGGUUCGGCGGAGUCCCCCUCUUACUAUAUCGGGAUAA